CCCCCUCUUCCUUGUUACAUAACGAGUCAAACAGGCUUAAGAAGCCAAGCAUGCACUUGCCAACUUAUGCACUGUAGAAUGAAUCAACAGUGAUUAUGUUUGAUCUGGCUGAAAGACUUUCCUGUAGAUCAAAAUAAGCAGGCAUUAAUUACUGAUCCACAAGACUCAAUAGAAUUAACCUGGCAACUUUACAUUGCUACAAGAAAACAAAGCAGGAACCACGCUAGAAAGGGGGCAAUGGGCUGGCUCUGGUCCAAGUAGGCUGUCCUAUGGGUGAAUAUCCGCCAUAACUAAACUCAAAUAUUUCAGAUUUCAAAGCUUUGACAAACACUUGCAAGAAUCGUCAAACAGGAAUGAAAUGGCUGACCUGAUGAAUAAUGAUGUAUUCCUGGCCUUCUGUACAUAUGCUACCAUUGUCGUCCUUAAAAUGAUGUUCAUGGCCCCUUUGACUGGAUACUACAGGAUGACCAGAAAGGCCUUUUCAAACUGGGAGGACACCGCCAUAAGACAAAAAGAUCCAGAAAAGAGAAAAAAGAUGCUUCAGACCCAUCCUGAUGUAGAACGUGUCCGAAGGUGCCAUCAGAAUGACCUGGAGAACAUCGUUCCCUUUGUGGUGAUCGGUCUUCUGUAUGCACUCACGGGACCGGAUCUCUCCACAGCUCUGCUGCACUUCCGUGUGUUUGUGGGGUCACGUUUCAUCCACACCGUAUCUUACGUUUUAGCUUUGCCCCAGCCUAGCAGAGGUCUGUCCUGGGUGGUGGGAAUGAUCACAACUUUCUCAAUGGCCUACAGGGUGCUCACCACAGCGCUCCUUCUCUAAAGACACACCACAGCACUGCAAAAUGGGAGAGGCUUGUUUUAUAUCUUUUUUUAUAUCACUGGUUUUCUCUUUUAUUAUUAAAUUGUAUGCAAUUCCUAAUAAAGCCUGUUAUAUGUUGUCAGUAUUUGAUUGAUUCAUUUUUUAUGAAUCUACCUUAUGAUAAUUAACCAUAAUAAAAUUGUAGUAAGCAUGUUUUUAAACACCAUGGUUAUUGUAGCAAAACCAUAGUUAAUUUGUGGUAACCGUGUUUUUUUGGUUUUAUAUGGAGUGAAGCUGUGGUUAAUUUUCUUAAGGUGAUGUAAUCUAAUCUGUCUCAUCUAAUAAAUGUAUGUUAACAGUCAA